AUGGAGAAGGUGAGGAAAUUGAAUGUGUUGGUAAUUUUGGCAGUCGGACUAAUGCUGACUGGGAAGUCGAGCGCUGAUGACACCGGCCUUCUCUGCGCCCUCGCAUGCGUCCCGCAGCUCGUUCCCACAAAAGUUUGUAAUUGCAUUCAUGACUGCUUUUCAGGCAGCCCUGCCCCUUCUCAACAAUAUUCUGAGAAUGAUGUUGGUGAACAAGAUGCAGAUGGCCUCGGCUACUUCGGACUAAUGGUGACUGGGAAGUCGAGUGCGGCCUUCAAAGACUGCUACAUGAAAUGCUUCUUCACGUGCAUGAUCGAGCCUUCUCAAACACUUUGUUCGUGCACCACCAACUGCUUGAAAGACUGCAUCUUUCAACAAUCUCAGAAUGAUGUUCGUGAACGAGAUUCGGAUGGCCUCGGCUACUGUAAGCUCGGCUGCGCUAUUUCUAUGUGCUCGGGUUUCAGCACAAGACAUGCUCCAAGUCAGUGA